UUCUUUCUUUCUUUCUUUCUUUCUUUCUUUCUUUCUUUCUUUCUUUCUUUCUUUCUUUCCCCUUGCCGUCCAUCUUAGAAUCAAGGCCAUGUAUUGCUUCCCAGGCAGAAGAAUGGUAAGGGCUAAGCAAUGGGAGUUAAGGGACUUGCCCAGUAUCUCACAGCAAGCAUUUGGGAUUUUCUUGGUAAAGAUACUGGAGUAGUUUGCCAUUUCCUUCUCCAGUUCAUUUUACAAAUGAGAAAACUGAGGCCAACAGGUUGAAGUGACUUGUCCAGGGUCACACAGCUAAUAAGUAUCUGAGGCUACAUCUGAGUUGGGAUGACCUGGGUUCAAAUCUGUCUACAGACACUUCCCAGUUGUAUGACCUCCAUUACCUAGUCCUUGCCUUAGAAUUGGUAUUUAGUAUCAAAUCUGAAAUGGAGGGUAAGGUGUUUUUUUGUUUGUUUGUUUUUUUAAAGGAAUUGAGAAUGUUUAGACUGGAGAAACCUGCUCUGAGGGCAGGGGGAUAUGAGAGCUGUCUUCAAACAUCUCAAGGAUUAUAAUGUGGAAACGAGAUUAGAUUGCUCUUGUGAUAGCAGAAAGUAGAACCAGAGGCAAUGGGCACAAGUUCUAAAGAAAAAAAUCUGGGUUUGCAUUGGAGGGUUAGAAGUGAACAAUUCUAGAGCUGUCCAAAGUAGAAUGGAUGCUUUGGGAGAUAGUGGGCUUCCCUUCCUUGGAGAUCUCCAAGCAGAAGCUAGAGACCAUUAGUCUGGUCCCUUAUAGUAGGGACUCUUUCCCGUACCUGUCAGACACGUCAGGGUGAGCAUCCUUUCCUGCACUGUCUCUUCCAACUCUCUAAAUCGGAGUCUGUAAUUCUGAGUUUAAAUUUAUGUCUAUCAAAUUUCAUCAUUGUUUUUUGCCAGGAACAUGUUCCUUCUCUGCCUUCUUGGCUGUCAGAUCCUAUUUGUUUUUGUUACAGCCUUGGAUAAAACACUAAUGGGCCUUUAAUUGAAAUAUUUAUCCUGCCCCUUCUUAUCAUUGGGCAGCGAGGUCACUAAAUGCUGGCAUAGAUGCCAGGGCACUGAAAGCAGCCAGGCUGAGGCAGCAGAAGAGAGUCCAGGUGGGAGGUGGCCUUGUCUACGAGUUCUGGGGGAAGAGUGGUCUCCUUGGCUAGUCCUCAUUCAAAGUUUAGGGGGUGGCGUGGAGCUGUACUUGGCAAAAUCCACCAAAGCCGCCAUUUUCUUUUGGGCUACAAGGGAGCUGUCUGCUCUUGGCCCUGAGUGAAUUGUCACAAACAGAGCUAGCCCUGAACUUUAAAUUAAACCCUACCAAGUUUUAAUAUAGAGAUUCUAAUAUUUCUCCUCCAUCCAAUUUGGGACUGUGCUGAUUCCUCUCAUUUUUCCCCUUGUGUUGCAUUUUUAACCCUUAUUUUCUGUCUUGGAACCAGUAUUGGAUUGGGUGCUCCAGUUCCUUGGACCCUGGAUACACUUAUGGUUAAGGGACUGGGCAAAUUUGGGGAGUUCAUUAUCUUCCAUUGGAAUGGGGGGUCAAGGGAGUGUAGAAAGGAGCACAAAGGGAAAGACCCAGUCCCUGAAUGCCAAGGUUUCCUGGGUCAGCUCAGAAGGGAGUUGGUAUGCUUCGAAGCUAUGCUGAUCAUGGAGGACAAAAAAAAAAAUCCAGGGCUGGAUCUUGGGUAUAUGGCGGACAGUGGGCCAGAAAGGGUCAGAGGAAGAUGGACUUAAGAGACCCCAACCACACUCAAGCUCCUGGACACAACUGGCAUGAGACAGGAUGAGCCUUUGGGCAUAACUUGCUGACAGACUCAGGGCAACUUGCUGAUGUCUUUUGGGGAGAAAUUGGCCCUAAUACUCAGUAAAUGACAUUAAGAUUGAAGAAGAGAGAGUCAUCACUUCCAGGGAAUGGAUAGAGAAAUGGAAACCUGGAAGACACCAUCUAUAUUUUGCCAGAUGUUGGUGUGGGGAGGGAAAGGAGAAGCUGAGCCAAUAAAUAAAAACAUCAAAUAAAAAAAGAGGGGGCAGUUGGCAGCUCAGUGGACAGGGUACCAGGAGGGAAGAUAGGAGGCCCUGGGUUCAAAUCCAACCUCAAACACUUCCUAGCUGUGUGACCCCUGGGCAAAUCACUUAACUCAAGUUGCCUAGUCCUCACUGCUCUUCUGCCUUGGAACCGAUACUUAGUAAUUCUAAUAUUUAUAUUAAUAUAUGUAACAUAAUAAUACAAUAAGUAGAUCCUAAGACAAAGGUAAGGGUUUAAAAAAAAGGAAGAGCUCCUGAGGUCCUUUCCAGCUCCGGAUCAAUGCUCCUCUGUUCUCUCUGGUUGUUCCUUAUAUGAGAAUCUUGUUUCCUCAGGGCAGGACUGAGCUGCAAGGACCUCCUGGUCACUCUGAACCCUUCUCUCUUUUCGGGCAUAUGUGACCUCCUUGUUGUCCUCGCUUUGGAAUUGGUGUCAGAGUCUCAGGGGAUAUGUGUGUGUCUGUGUGUGUGUGUGUGUGUGUGUGUGUCCUACAAGCUGGCUCUUCGGUGACAAGAUUUGCCUGUGAGCAGCAGAUUUUUUAUCCCAAGAAUAUCUUCCCCAACCAUCUCCCUCCAAGGCGAUGCCAAUAUCGAGUGUCACAGAAUCCUGGCCAUCUGAGGCUGUGCUCUAAUAUUAAAUCGAUUGUAUAUUAUUAUACAUAUCACGUAAAUAUUAAUAUACUUUCAUAUUAAAGUUCUCAUGACUCCAGGACAUAGCCAAAGAGAGGAUCCAAAAAUACGCCGUCAGGAAGGGAACCCAGAGAGAAAACGGUGAACCGCUUUCAUUUCGAUCUUUGUAUCCUUUCCAGCUGGCACAUCUUUUACAAAGUAGUUGCUAAAUAUGUAUUUGUUUGCUACGUUAAAAUACCAGGAAUCUUCCUCUGGCCAUCCCAGCUCUCCCCUCCUCGCCCCAUCAGAGACAAAAAGAUGUCUGUAUGCAUCAAACUGGGCUUUACUUAUUUCUACCUCUCCAUUCUUUCUCUGCAGGUGGAUGUACACAAGCCAUUCUUCAGACACUAUUUCUAUAGUGAGAGAAAUUCAGGCAGUGCUAAAGCCAGGCUCUGGAAUGAGACAGGGAACUGCAGAAUGGCCAAUGCAGAAGAGAAGCUAAUGAACUUUCUUCUAAACAAGACUAGGUAUAAUAAUUUAAUUCGUCCAGCUGCCAACUCUUCCCAAUUGGUCUCUAUCUCGCUGCAAGUGAUCCUGGCCCAGCUCAUAAGUGUGAAUGAACGGGAGCAGAUUAUGACCACCAAUAUCUGGCUGAAACAGGAGUGGACGGACUACCGCCUGGCUUGGAACUCAUCCCAGUACGAAGGAGUGAACAUUCUCAGGAUCCCUUCAAAGCGCAUCUGGCUACCAGACAUUGUGCUUUAUAACAAUGCUGAUGGCACCUAUGAAGUAUCUGUGUAUACCAAUGCUGUGGUGUCCUCCAAUGGCAGCAUUUUCUGGUUGCCCCCAGCCAUCUACAAGAGUGCCUGCAAGAUUGAAGUGAAACAUUUCCCCUUUGACCAGCAGAACUGUACACUCAAAUUCCGAUCCUGGACUUAUGACCACACCGAAAUUGACAUGGUCCUCAAGACGCCCACUGCCAGCAUGGAUGACUUCACUCCCAGUGGAGAAUGGGACAUCAUUGAGCUUCCAGGGCGGAGGACAGUCAACCCCUUGGACCCUAGCUAUGUGGAUGUGACUUAUGAUUUUAUCAUCAAAAGGAAGCCUCUUUUUUAUACCAUUAAUCUCAUCAUUCCCUGUGUGCUUAUCACAUCCCUCGCUAUUUUGGUGUUCUACCUUCCUUCAGACUGUGGGGAGAAGAUGACACUGUGUAUCUCAGUCCUGCUAGCCCUAACUGUCUUCCUCUUAUUGAUUUCCAAAAUUGUCCCCCCGACCUCCUUGGAUGUCCCCCUCAUUGGCAAAUACCUCAUGUUCACUAUGGUGUUAGUGACAUUCUCCAUUGUGACCAGUGUAUGUGUCCUCAAUGUGCACCACCGUUCACCUAGCACCCACACCAUGGCUCCCUGGGUUAAGGUACUUUUUCUCGAGAGGCUGCCCACUUUCUUGUUCAUGAAACGUCCAGUAAAUAACCCCACCAGGUCCCAGAUUGACCAGCGCCGGAGGAACAAGUCCGAAUCCCUCCACAAUGCCAGCACGGGCAACCUCUACAAGAAUUCCAUGUACUUUGUGAAUCCCACCUCAGCCCCAAGGGCAGCAGGUGGUACUGACAGCUCGGGGGGUCAGAAGGAUUUACGCUUAAGGUCCUUUAAGAGGUAUCAGCCAGAAGUGCAAGAAGCCAUCGAUGGUGUGAGCUUCAUAGCGGAUCACAUGAAAAGCGAUGACAGUGACCAGUGUGUCAUUGAAGACUGGAAAUAUGUGGCCAUGGUAGUGGACAGACUCUUUCUCUGGAUAUUUAUCUGUGUCUGUGUCCUGGGGACUGCUGGCUUAUUCCUGCCUCCUCUCUUUCAAAACUACUCUCCACCCUAGAACCCUUUACCAUUCCCCUACCUACUCUUCCCCCUGCAGACCAUGUCCAUCUAAAGGAGCUUUGUCCAGAAAAGGUGGGGUUCUUAGAAGGUUAUGUCAUCUCUAUUUUUUUUUCAGGAAGAGAGGAGAGAGAGAGAGAGAGAGAGAGAGAGAGAGAGAGAGAGAGAGAGAGAGAGAGAGAGAGAGAGAGAGGGAGGGAGGGAGGGAGGGAGGGAGAGAGAGAGGGAGGGAGAGAGAAAGAGAGAGAGAGGAAAGAGAGAGAGAAAGACAAAGAUAGAGGAGAGAGAGAGACAGAGAGGGAGAGAGAGAGAAGAGACAGAAAGAGAAAA